UUUCACGUCUAUCACUUGAUCGCCGUGGCUGAUGAAAACAGAUAAUUUCACGUUGACAUGCCUUACGCAAACCAACCCAGUGUAAAAAUUCUGGAGCUUACAGAAGAAAACGUGAAGUUUGUGAUCGAAAAUACAGACUUAAGCAUGGCUAAUGGCUUACGAAGGAUAUUUAUUGCUGAAACUCCAACUAUAGCCAUAGACUGGGUACAAAUUGACAACAACACUUCUGUACUACACGAUGAGUUUAUUGCCCACAGAUUAGGUCUUAUUCCUUUGACCAGUGAUGAAAGUGUGGAUAGAUUGUGCUACUCCAGAGAUUGCACAUGUGAGGAGUUCUGUCCAGAUUGUUCUGUUGAACUGAAACUGGAAGUAAAAUGCACAGAUGAUCAAACACGACAUGUGACAACCAGAGACCUUGCAUCUUCAGAUCCAAAAGUUAUUCCAGUUACAUCACGGCACCAUGAAGAUGAAAACAGUGACUAUGGUGAACAGGAUGACAUUUUGAUUGUUAAGCUACGUAAAGGACAGGAGCUCAAGUUGCGAGCUUUUGCCAAAAAGGGAUUUGCAAAGGAACAUGCCAAAUGGAACCCCACAGCAGGUGUGGCAUUUGAGUAUGACCCUGACAAUGCCCUAAGACAUACAACGUAUCCAAGACCAGAGGAAUGGCCAAAGAGUGAAUACACAGAACUGGAUGAAGAUAGCCAUCAAGCACCAUUUGAUCCAAAUGCUAAAGCAGACAGAUUUUAUAUAAAUGUUGAGUCCUGUGGCUCAUUAAGACCUGAGACUAUCGUGUUGAGUGGGCUGUCUGUGCUCAAGAAAAAGCUGAGUGAUCUCCAGACUCAACACAGCCAUGAAGUAGCUGCUGAUGUCUUGACCAUAUAAGGACCGACACCCAGUGCAAUGUUUCUGUAGUUAUUUAUUUUAUAAUAGAAAACUCAUUUUGUAAUGAAAAGAUUUGAUAGCCACUUGAAGUAAUGUGUUCUUAUCAACAGAAACAACCAUGUUUCUUAAAAAUUUUGCUGAGGUUUAAUUCAGCGGGAUGGUGAUUUUUGUGUUCUUUGCGUCUUAAGAUAGCGGAUAUUUCUCCAGGGCCAAACCCCUCCUGUUCAUUCGUAAAUUAAGCGCUUGCUUCCCCCUCGCGCGUACAAAAGAAAAAAAUUGAUGCUCGUGUAUGGAUAUUAAUGGGAAAUCUUCGUUUCAAUCAUUAGUUUUGGGGUCUAUGAUUUUCUUGGGUAAGCUGCAAAUGAGAAAUCAUAGUGCUUUGAUAAUUGAUAAAGAUGGUGCUUUUCCUCCCUCAUGCUUGUGUGUUUCUAUCACCAUGGCUUUUAGCUAUUGUUGAUAGAGUUAACUGCAAUCCUGUGUGACAAAGGAGGGCCUUUUGAUUUUUAAUUGUCACAUUUGAAUUAGAAAAUCUUGGUGAAAUUUAGUCCUGCGAUAUCAUGACGGCAAAUAACUCUCAGAUCGCGCUGAAAUUGCAGCUAACUUGCACUGCUUAAGAGAAAAUAAAAUUCUGCCCCAGACCUCCACCCACUUUCUGAAGAACACAAGGUUUUGCAUUCUACUUGCCAUAUAGUUCCAAAUGCUUGCAACGUCUUAAAUUACAUGUUGCACAGCUGUACUUACUUAGCGAUGCCUUCCUUGAUGAUGACUGAUUCUUUAUAGUGCUGGGUUUUAAUUAAUGGUAUUGUUGCGGAAUCCUUAUAACCCCGCUCGCUGGUUCAACCAAAUCAAGAGGACUGUAUCUUUCUAUGUAACAUGAUUUAAUAUACAAUUUUCACGUAUUCAACGGUCGUAACAAAACUAUCAACGACCAACGACCGACCAACACAUUCUAGGUAUUUCUAUUAUCCUUGCGUAAGGCGGUAUUUUUACAUUCGUCACAUGUACUGUAAAAGUUCCCAUUGUAAUGUAUCAAAAUUAAGUGACUAUUACAAAAUCGCUCGUUCUUUCGCCUAAGAAAAUGCAUGCAGUUACAUCAUUUUAUGUCGUAAAUGUACGAGGACUUUGUCUACAUUGUUGUGAAAUCUAAUGUCACGAAAUUUAACUUCUUUGC